CUGUAACAGAUAAAUACACAACCAACAACACUAUGGACCUGGGUUUUUUCACAAAGGAGCAGUUGUUUGACGUUUUCCGUAAAAACAAGACAAAGCUAUCUACAAUUAAAAAACCAAAGACGCUUCUCCGCCAUCUUGAGGACAAUGGAGUCAUUAGAAAAGGGCUUUAUGAAGAGCAGAAACUUGUUGAGGACCCUGAUGAGAGUGUGUACAAAGUGUUGACGCAUAUUGAAAAGAUGGGAAAAGAGCACGUUUGGAAGUUUUGGAAUUGUGUGAACCAGGAACAUAUCUUAGAGCGUUAUUCCCAGCUCUCCAAGUUGACUAAAGAGCUGAAUAUAGAGCUGAAGAACUCACAUGAGAGCAAUUAUUUGAGGAAGAACAACAACACUGCAGAGAAAUCAAAGCAUCAAGAUGCUGGAAAAGAAACAGUGGUUAAAAAAAGGAAGUCAGAGAGCAACUGUGAGAGUAUCCAAGCUGGACCGUCAUCACAAAGCACUACCAGUCAGCGGAAGACACCUGAACAUGUGGGAAGAGCUCCUGAUAGUCAUUCUUUGAGGAAGAACAACAAGACUGCAGAGAAAUCAAAGCAUCAAGAUGCUGGAAAAGAAACAGUGGUUAAAAAAAGGAAGUCAGAGAGCAACUGUGAGAGUAACAAAGCUGGACCGUCAUCACAAAGCACUACCAGUCAGCGGAAGACAGCUGAACAUGUGGGAAGAGAGGAACAAAAGGAUCUCUGGGACUUGCCUGUGAAUAAGAAAUGGCUUCCGGUCAAAUGUGGGAAGGAAAAGGCCAAGCUGAACAGAAAUGCACUGAAUAGAAGAAAGCGAGACUGCAUUAAGCAUCGUGGAAAAAUAAUUACCCCAUGGAAAUUCGAGCAGCUUGGUGGGAAAGAAUCAUGCCACAACUGGAAGAAAAGCAUAUUAUGCCAAGGCAUAAACCUCAUAACUCUAAUGAAGAGGGGUGAUUUGAAGAUACCUGGUCAUGUGGGAAAAUUUACUCUCCGUAAAUGAUGUUCUUCCAUAACGCAGUCAUCAAUAAUUCAUCCACCAAAGCUUCAAAAUAUUGACCUGUUUAUUGGCAAAAUAUUGGCAUGUUUAUA